GCAUUUGUGUUUGGUGCAAAACUGGACGUCGAUGGCAUGACUUACGUUGGCUCGGGAGAUGACGAUGACCCGUUUAUUGUCGGCGUGACUUCACUAGCAAUACUCGACAGUUGUAUUCGCUUCAGUACGGGUGAUGCUCUUUCCUGUUCCAUGCUGACACAACCUUUUGAGCUGAGUGAUAUUGGGUACCCCGUGAUAACCUGCGGGUUCACCGACCAAGCCAGGAGAUACCAAGUCGGAGCUUUCUUCGUGGUGAGUCGCCGCACCGAGCAUGAG